ACAAAUGUAUAACUGCCAAUAACUGCUCACUGGCUCACACCACACCGCGUUUGAAGAGCAUGUACAUAGGCCAUUCAGUAUAGUCUGUUUUUCAUUAGAGUAUAUUUCCUAUAGUUUAAAAUGUCAGCUCGUGUAAAUGAUUUAUUUCAUUGUACACAAAGUGAUGGAGAUAGUACAGUUGGUCUGUAUGAUUUUUUAUCUGAACCUUUGGCUAAGAAAAAACCCACUGAUAGUUCAUACUCUGUUGCUGCAUUGGAUGAUAGCUACUUGAAUUCUGUGGCUGGUACUAGUGCUGGUUAUAGUGCAGACUCUGAUGCAGAUGAUUUGUUUGUUGAAGACAGCAACAGACAUUUAGCAGAACUGAUGAUGAACCCCUUCACCGUUAAAGCACUUGAUAGUAUUAUCUUUCAAAUGGAUAUGCCGGAUGACCAACGAUUCUCUCAAUUCACAAAAAUGUUUAGGCCAAAAAUGGCCCACCAGAUUUUUGGUUGCAAUGAGAUAAUAACUGGAUACAGAAAUCUACAAAUCACUUUAAAUAUAUUACCAAACAGCUUCCAUGUCAGACUUAAUCUGAUUUAUGAUGAAAUGCUCAAUAAUUCAAGGAGAGGUGAAAUUGCCGAUAAUAUUGGUGAGAAAUUCAUGGAGUGGUUUCCACAUAAGACUGACAGUUAUGAGGCAUAUGAGGAUUUGAAAGCCAAAGAAGACUACACCAAAAUGUUUGGGCACAACAUUGUGUCCUUUAAAGACGAAACAGAGAAGUCAAAGUUUCAUAUUACAGUCUGUGAUCGAAAAGAUUUAGACUUCUUAGAGUUUCAUAAGCGUUUCCAAGGACUGAUAGUAUUCUUCAUUGAUGCUGCGUCGAUUAUUGAUGUGACCGAUAGGAAUUGGUAUUACUUCUACGUUUACAAAGAUGUGAAACUUGGUGAUAAAAGAGUUGGCCACUUCCCUAUUGGAUUUUGCACCGUUUAUAAUUUUAUUGCAUCCGGAAAAGUACGGAUUGCUCAGUUAUUCAUAUUGCCAAACUUUCAGAUGAGAGGUUUAGGCACCAGACUUCUAGGAACUGUCUACAAAUAUUUUAACGCAGUAAUAAAUGCACAAUAUAUAACAGUCGAAUCACCGUGCGAAGAAUUUACUAUAAUGAGAGACAAGCUAGAUCUGCAGCUCAUAUUAAAUAAUUCAGUAUUUAAUAGCAUGAAUGUAAUUGUUGGCUACUCACUAAAAAUGGAGACGGCGGCUAAAAUGAUCUGUAAAAUCUGCCCGACCCAAAUUAAACAUUUAUAUUAUAUUUUGCGGUGUUUUUACACAAAGGGCGAUCCCGAACAAUAUGAAAAGUUCAUUAUGUACAUGAAGAAGGAGGUACACUUCACAUACAAAAAAAAGCUAAGCCGCGUGAAGACAACAAUGAAUGAGGAGGAGAAGAUUACUAGACUUAAGAGGAUCAUUGUUGAGGACUGCUUAGUAAGCAGGCGCAUCCACAACGACGUUAAGAAGUUCUUGAAAUCUAUCAAGCCGCAGUUGAUCUUCCUCGCAAGAGUUUUAAAAGAAAAGUAAAAUAUAUGUUUCUGU